UACAGAUGUUGAUACCAGUGAACCUGGUCAAUUUUUCCUGCAUGUCCUGAAGCUGCUGCACAGUAGAACUGGAUUUUAAUUGAGUUAGUGCCUUUGAAUUCAAAUCAAGUUUCACUAGUUCUGUGUCUGUUUUUCUAGGUUGGCUGGCUCCUCUGGCUGAUGGCAUGUUGAGAUUCAAGGGCCGGUGGCAGCGAGGGCUUCUGAUCCAGAGGGGACCGCUCUAGAGGCCAGGCCACCAGUACCAUGGGCCAGUGUGUCACCAAGUGCAAGAAUCCCUCCUCAACCCUGGGCAGCAAGAAUGGAGACCGUGACCCCAGCAGCAAGUCACACAACAGGCGAGGUGCAGGCCACCGCGAGGAGCAGCCGCCGGCCUGUGGCAAGCCAGGUGGGGAUAUCCUCGUCAAUGGGACCAAGAAGGCAGAGGCUGCCACGGAAGCCUGCCAGCUGCCCACGUCCUCGGGAGAUGCUGGGAGGGAGCCCAAGUCCAGUGCCGAGGAGUCUUCCUUGCAGAGGUUGGAGGAACUGUUCAGGCGCUACAAGGAUGAGCGGGAGGAUGCAAUUUUGGAGGAAGGCAUGGAGCGCUUUUGCAAUGACCUCUGUGUUGACCCCACGGAAUUUCGAGUGCUGCUCUUGGCUUGGAAGUUCCAGGCUGCUACCAUGUGCAAAUUCACCAGGAAGGAGUUUUUUGAUGGCUGCAAAGCAAUAAGUGCAGACAGCAUUGACGGGAUCUGUGCACGGUUCCCCAGCCUCUUGACAGAAGCCAAGCAAGAGGACAAAUUCAAGGAUCUGUACCGGUUUACAUUUCAGUUUGGCCUGGACUCUGAAGAAGGGCAGCGGUCACUGCAUCGGGAAAUAGCCAUUGCCCUGUGGAAGCUAGUCUUUACCCAGAACAACCCGCCAGUGUUGGACCAGUGGCUACACUUCCUAACAGAGAACCCCUCGGGGGUCAAGGGCAUCUCCCGGGACACUUGGAAUAUGUUCCUUAACUUCACUCAGGUGAUUGGCCCCGACCUCAGCAACUACAGCGAAGAUGAAGCCUGGCCGAGUCUCUUCGAUACCUUUGUGGAGUGGGAGAUGGAGCGGAGGAAGAGGGAAGGGGCCGGGGGCGGUGUGCGCAGCUCAGGGCCCUUGGGCUUGUGUCCCCAGGAGCAGACUUAGUGCUCUGUCCCAGGGCUGCGCUGCCCUGGAGCCAGCCGAGGAAUGGACCUUUCUGGAAAUUACCGAAGAUCCGGAUAUUUUCUACUUUACACCUUUCUCUGCCUUGUAUCUGAAAGGGCUCUAAAAUGCUGUAUCAUGUUUUAGGCACUUUCUUCACUUUUUGGUUAUUUUGGUUAUUUCCUUUUUGGGGGGAUCCCCCAAAAUAUUUGAACCUGGCUACAUGUUAUGUAUCUUUUUUAUAAGCCUUCAGAUAGAAUAAGCCUGCCAUUUCUUGCACAAAUAGAUUGUUUGUGGGGGAGGGCGCCAAGCGGGGGGCUGGCGGUCAGCGGAGCUACCAUUAGACACCAGUGCCAGACCUGCUGUGCAUACUGUCUCAGGGCAGGUCUGUACUGUGUGUGGUGCUGUUUACAUGGUUGAAUUGCGGUUGUGAUAAUUUUUAAAGAUUUACACGGAGUUGACUAGCAGUGUUAACUGUUAACCAUGUUGCAUUAAUCCCCUGUGAGUUAAAGCCCUUGGAGAGCCAGGGCCAGCCAAAUGUGUCCUCUGGUGACAACCCCAUCCAGCUAAUGUAUCUGAACCCUCUCUCCCGCACUUCUUGCUCAUUCCUUCUUUGACGCAUUGCAUUUCCUGUCGAGUGUACCACCAGCACGUGGCCCCUGCCAGUCGAGUGAGCGGUGUUCUAGAGCAGCCAGCACCCGAGCAUCGAGAGCAGAGAAAGCAGCGCUACCUCAGUUUGGCUGGAAGCAGUCUUUGAUAGGUGUUUUUCUUUUAUGAAUUUUCUGUAUUUUCAUGUUGUAAGUGGAGAUACUUUUUUUUUUUUUUUUUUUCAUUUGCCUUGGAGCCAAAGUUUCUGUUCCUGGUGGUCGGAAACUGCCUGCAGCCACCGGACUUGAAGGAAAACUGUGGUUUGGAGCUCUGCUUGAAUACUUUCUUAGAGAAUUUCUGAGUAUCAUCAGCUUACUUGUCUGGCAAGUGCAGAAGCCUGGGGCUGGCCUGAACUCUGCCAAACGUGAGUGUAUUUAAUAGUGAACGUGUGCCCUUUCCCUCUUGCUGCGCCGUGUUGUCACUCACCCCAGGCGUUAUUUAUUAUCUGUGUUCAUGUCAGGCUCAUUGGGGUGAUGUGAUGACUGUUUAGGUUUACAUUACCCUCUCUUCCUUCCCCUCCCCCAAAUAUAUAUAUGUACAUGUAUAAGAUAUGUAUAUAUUUUACCUAUCUAAAAUAUAUAUGUACACAUAUAUGUAUCUAUAUUCCCAUUUGCCUGCUAAAACUGGCCCUAGAGGAGGGAGAUGAGGGCCAGGGAACAUCAGGAUGGAGGCUUCUGAAUCUGAGUGUGGACCAUUGUCACUAAAGAGAAGAUGAAUUUUCUCAGCUCUUUCCUCACAAGAGAGAGGCCCAGUUGCCCGACUCCUGCGCUCGCUCCCUGAGGCCAGCUUUGGACGCUGGCCAGGAGCUGACUCUCCUACCUCGCUUCAGUGGAGGGCUUGUCCUUUUCCCCUUGAAACCAUGUCCUCCCGGUCUGUGCUGGAAGGGUGGCGGCAGGAACUUUGGAACAGAUGGAAAAGGGAAUCUUUUAAAUAAACGUAUAAAACACUUAUAUUUUUGAGGUAGCGAGUUUGUCCGUGGAGCGUUUGGCGUGUUCUCCCUGGCUGCCCCACCUCCCUCCAGGCACGUUUCUCAGCCUGGCAGCAAGUGCUUGUUCCGAGGUCCUUGACUCCUCUUACGGAUUCAGACUCCCCUCUUGACAGAUGGUUAUUUGAAGGGUUUCUGCAGUCGAUGUUUUUCUGAAAUUGACAUUGACAGGGAAUGUAAUUGGAGUUUGAUGUUUGUUGCCUCUAGAGAGUGGGUGGUCAGCAAUACUGCUGGAAAGCUGGAGAGGGUGGGGUCUCGGGCCAGGUGCCUGCCUUCCUUUAGCCUGACACAAGAUCCUUGUAUAGUUUCUAGGGACCCCAGCUGGUUCUGUGGGUUCAGUUGUAGUCAGGAUGCCCAACCUGAGAGACCACCUUCUCAUCCAACUGUCUGCAACCUCCUGUUUUUCCCAGUUCUGAAUUGGGUAGAGGGGGCAGGGGUCCUAGCCAGUGCACAGGAGAGGGAGGCCCAGGGUCCUGAGGACCGGAGGACUGCCUCCCCAGCCGACAAGAAGGCGUCUCCUGCGUUAGGUGGACUAGAGCGGGUGGGUUUUGUUUUUAAUUGUUCAGCUUCCCUAGGCCCACUGAAGAACCAUUUAAAAAGUUUUCAAUUAUACUUUUAAUGAUAAUUAUUACAAAAGUGCAAAUGAGAACCAGAAAAGGGAGCAGUCGGGGAGGGACUUCCAAGUUCCCUCCAAGUUUGUGUCCCUGACGGAAGUUCUCUAGUGGCUUGGCCUGUGCUCGACACCCUCGUGGCCACAGGAAGCAGGCUUCCUGCAGAGGGACCCGAGGUGGGAGUGCGGGGUCUUGUUACUCUUCUGGGAAAUGAAACACCCCUUUCUCUUACCCUAGAAAUAGGUUUGCUACUUAGUAAGCAGGAAUGGUGUGGAAGAGGCCAAAUGCAGGCCCCUCAACCAAGCCAGGGCAGCCUUCCCUCCAACAGGGGGCGGGUGUGGAGAGGGCAGGAUGCGGAUGCCAUUUUGAAAAUAGGCAAAUAUCUGAGGGCAACUACAAACUGAAUUAAAAUGAGCUGGUUUUGGCAAAUGGUUUUGUGAGCUUCUGUGCCGUUUCUUUAGCAAUUAGAAAGCUAUAUGAGAUGGUGUUACUUCAUUGAGUUGCUCUUCCCCAUCCCUACACAUUUGAAUAUAUCGUUAAUCCCGCCUCCUGUAAUGAGGCCUCAGCAGUGCCCCCUCAUCCAUGCUGAAUGCACCCACUUGUAUGAGCUGGUUCUAAGACUCCAUACCGAAUUUUGGUAAGAAAAAUCUAGAGCUGAGUGAAGAUCCAAAUUUCAACCAAGCUCCCAGGCCCGAGGAAAUCCAGUUGAAGAUGUACAAGGCAUUGUUUUCAAAGCCACACAGUAUUAGUUGGUCUUUGAAACAGUACUGGUCGCCCAGGAGUGGGACUCCACAGUUCAGGUGGCCUCAUAUAUUAGACUAGGCCAAAUUGUGUUAAACAGAGGUGGGAAGUUACUGGGAUAAGGACUUGGGUCUAAAAGCUCAAAAACGAAAGCAGAUCUGUACUGAGCACUGUGUGUAUGCUGCACUGAAAGUGUCUUCAGUGCAAUGCAGCCCAGAAGUAGACCCAAUUACACAAUUACAAGGUGAGGCUGGAGGGAGUGCUACCAGGUUGGUUUUGUUAGCUGCCUGUGUUUCCAUUUUCCUUGCGUCUCUGGUUAGUGAGGACUUAACCGUCUUGGUAACGGAUGCCAGCUGAAAGGACUCUGCACAGUCAUCACAUAGUGAUUUGUCAAGUGUUCUUUGGGACGCAUUUGAGGACAUGUGCAAUUGCCCCUCGUCCUCCAGUCUGUUUUUCUGAAUCGUACUGGGGGGUUCCCACCCCUCCCUGCAGCUGAUUCCUAUGGGAAGCUGUAAUUGUGGCAUUUAUUUAGUGUAACCUGGACUGGCCUGCCUGUCAGGGAGGCUCUAGAGGUGUUUUCCAUAUUGAGGGACAAAACAUGCUUGAGCUCUGGUUCAGCAACCAAGAUGGUUCCGAUGGCUCUGAGUGGCCAUCAGGUGCUGUUUCAGAUCAGGUGCUGGGCAUCACAUCCUCCCUGCUCCUCUCGGAAGCUCAGCCUACUCUCGAACUUCCCACUUCCACUGCCCACUCCCUCCCCACUUCCAGCACAGGUCUUGGAUAUUGCCAAAGGAAGCCGUUCAGCUGCUGGGGUUCCCCCAGCACACAUUUAUUCUGGGAGAAGUGUCUUCCCUCUGACCUGGUCCCAGCCCUGAGUCUGGGAUUAAUUGCUCGUACCCGUUGCACUAAUGAAUGAUUCUAGGUUUCAAAGGGGGAAUUUGAAGCAGUAGGCAAAGGGGGCUUGGGUGAGUUGGUCUUACAGACACCCUGCCUUACCCCGCUGAGGUGAUGAGUCCACUACUCACGUGACCCUCCACCUUUGUGGAUUCCUCUUGGUUUGUGAUGAGUGUGUUUCUUGAGGUUGUACAAACUUGUUGACCGAAAUCAAAACUUUUGUUUGUAUUCUCUGCACUGUUAUGCUCUCCAAAUGGCCCACUGAAUAUUUUUAUUAACUUGUUACACACAUUUUUUGUCUUUGUCUACAUUAUUUCUUUUGAUGGUCUUUUAUUUGGAAAGUUACCUGCUGUUGCGUUCAAUAAAUUUGUUUACUUGACAGUUCUGGAAAAAACAAUAAAAAAA